UACCGUAACGGUAAUAUAUCUAUGUACUAUUGUUACUGUCACUAUUAUGAUACAAUUUAUGUCUGCUUUAGCCUAGCGACGGUCUAGUAAAUAAACAAGCGACGAUCACCAGAAGCUGACAGACGACUUAUGCCCCUCAAACCAAGAUGGCGGCACCCAUAGCACAACGCUGUUACUUAUUUUGUCAUGGUUGGGGAAUGAACAUAUUUCGACAUAAUAUAAAGCUAAGGACUAUCGGAAUAAGCGACAUUUUGCAGCCGGGUGUUGGCUACGGAACCAAAGAAACAGGCACCGCCCAGGACACUCAAGUAAACAUUCCACUAGAUCGACUGUCAGUAUCUUACAGCAGAAGCAGUGGUCCAGGCGGUCAACAUGUCAAUAAAGUGAACACAAAGGCAGAGGUCCGUUUCCACGUUCACACAGCAGACUGGAUCCCUGAAGAUAUUCGGCAGAAGAUCUUUGAGAAGAACAAAAACCGCAUCAAUAAGGCCGGGGAGCUGCUGGUGACCUCGGAGCUGAGCAGGAGUCAGCAGAGAAACCUUACAGACUGUAUAGAGAAGAUCGCCGCCAUCAUAGCGGAUGCCGGCGAGAAGCCUUAUGAACCCACAGCAGAAGAUAUAGCUCUUAGAGCAGCCAGGUUAGAGAAGAGGAACAAGGAGCGACUCAAACAGAAAAAGAUCAGCUCAGCAAUCAAGCAGAGCAGACGAGUGGAUUUUGACUAACAGCUGCGUUUCGACCUCAAGUGACUCCAGUGUCCAAGGACCAAAGAAAGAAAGAAAGAAAGAAAGAAAUGAAUGUGGGAAUGUAAAAUGAAUAACCAAAAGGAUAAAUGUAGGGAAAAUAUUUUUCAAUUUCAGUAAUAAAAAACAAUUUCUUUCUUUC